CGUGUAAGCGUUUCAAAUAUUUUAUCAAACUUAGGUGGAUGAACUAGCCACCAGAAGCCUCGUUGUGAUUCAAUUAAGCUUGUGGUCAUCAAUUAUCUAGUUCGGUGUCAUUUUCCCAUCAAAAUAGCUUCGUAAGUCGUGGGACCGCUAAUUUUGCCGGUCCGGUCUAGUAAGGAAUGGUAUGCUCGGAUCGGGCCGCGCAGCCGUGCAGGGCGGGCGGGCGAGGGCGGCGGGCUCCGGCCCAGUCGCGGGCGGGCAGGCACCCGCGCGGACCGACGCGCCGCACUCGCGAUCGAUACGCGCCUAACCUUACACCACCAAAACCAUCACCAAACAUAAACGUCAACCUGUGAAAACGUGAACUUACAACACUGCUUACGUGCGCGAAACUAUAAUGAAGACAUGUCAGUGUGUUUAAAGUGUAGAUAGUGCGUGGAUGGCCAUGACGUCACUGAAGCAUGGGGUGAACCUGAGUCGGCGGGCGUGCAGGGCGAGGGCGGGGGCGCUUGCCCUGGCCGCCGUCGUUGCGCUCCUAGCUACAGCCGAAUGCAAUCCUAUUGAAAGUACCACGAAACAGAGUCCGUCCAUAACUGUCGAUGGAACUUCAACGUACCCCGGCCUCGGCUUCGGCCCCAUGGGGCCUGUGGCCCCAUUGCCUGGCGACUCGGGCACACAGCUCCGGCAGCAACUCGAGUCCACCACUGACCUACCGGCCACAGCCAGCACUAAGAAGGAAAGGACCUUCGUGAUAGCGGCCUUUGAGUUCCACCGAGUCGAAACGCCUUUUCUCAUCGGCUUGUGGAUAUUCUUCGCCAGCUUGGCUAAAAUAGGUUUCCACAUGGCGCCAAAAUUAUCGCGCAUGUUCCCUGAAUCCUGUCUUCUAAUCUUCGUGGGUGUUCUCAUCGGUGCCUUGCUGCUCAGCACGCACAGUGUCCACGUUCAACCACUUACUCCAGAUACCUUCUUUCUCUACAUGUUGCCGCCUAUUAUACUUGAUGCUGGUUACUUCAUGCCGAACAGACUGUUUUUUGAUCAUCUUGGAACUAUACUGCUGUUCGCUGUGGUGGGAACGGUGUUCAAUACGCUAACUAUAGGUGCAUCGCUAUGGGCGUGCGGACAGACCGGAAUGUUUGGCUGCACAACACCUCUACUAGACAUGUUCCUGUUCAGUGCUCUAAUAUCGGCCGUGGACCCCGUCGCUGUGCUGGCGGUCUUUGAAGAGAUCCACGUGGAUGAAGUCCUGUAUAUAGUGGUGUUCGGGGAGUCGCUACUGAACGACGCGGUCACCGUUGUGCUGUACCACAUGUUUGAGGCUUACACCGAAAUGGGCACAUCCCGACUAGUCUACACCGACUUUCUAGCAGGUUUCGCUUCGUUCCUAGUAGUAGCGGUAGGUGGGACCUGCAUCGGGGUGGUCUGGGGCUUCGCCACCGGCCUCGUAACCCGGUUCACCCACGAAGUCAGGGUCAUUGAGCCCAUCUUCAUCUUCGUUAUGGCUUAUUUGGCGUACCUUAACGCGGAGAUGUUCCAUAUGAGCGGGAUUUUGGCGAUAACAUUCUGUGGCAUAACAAUGAAGAAUUACGUAGAAGGCAACAUAUCGCACAAGUCGCACACAACUAUUAAGUACACCAUGAAGAUGCUGUCUUCAUCGUCGGAGACCAUCAUAUUCAUGUUCCUUGGGGUGGCAACGGUGAAUAACAACCACGAUUGGAACACGUGGUUUGUGCUGUUGACCAUCUUGUUUUGCUCAGUAUUUCGGAUAAUAGGAGUGUACAUAUUUAGUGCUGUAGCUAAUAAGUUUCGAUUGCACAAACUGGAUAGAGUAGAGAAGUUUGUAAUGUCUUAUGGCGGUCUCCGCGGUGCAGUGGCCUUUGCGUUAGUGCUUUUGAUAGAUCCAGCAGUUGUAAAACUACAACCUAUGUUCGUAACCACUACGAUAGCUGUAAUUUACUUUACGGUGUUUAUACAAGGUAUUACCAUCAAACCACUGGUGAAAAUGCUUAAUGUAAAAAGAGCUGAAAAGCGGAAACCUACUAUGAAUGAAAGGAUACAUGAAAGGUUCAUGGACCACUUGAUGGCAGGUAUAGAGGAUAUUUUAGGUAAACACGGUAACCAUCACAUUAGGGAUAAGUUCAAGAGAUUUGAUAACAAGUUUAUACGGCCGUUUCUGCUAAGGAAUUACCAGGGCCAAGAACCAAAGAUAUUAGAGACUUAUUCAAAACUCGCAAUGAAAGACGCGAUAGAAUACAUGCAAAGAAAUGCCUCUACCAUCGGGAACAUUUCUGGAGCGGAAUCAAUGUCCGCCAUAUUCAAGAACUACACGAACACAAACUUCAACGCAAGUCCGAGUUUCAGUCAGUUGGAUUCGUCGACGUGGAACAUAGACAUGCAGGAGUUGGAAUAUAACCCGAGCAAAAAGGACUUGACGGACGCCCGCAUCCAUCAUUUGCUUGCUGAAGAGUUAUGCAAGCCGUAUAGACGUGUAUGUCACCGUCGUCUAAGCUACAGUCGGCACGCAGUCAACGACCGUGACCUCGGCACGCAGGUUAACUACAAAACUCACAUGAACAUUCGGCGUCUCGUUGGUGACAGGAAACACCACCAUAAGCGUAGCAAACGGGGGAACAAGGAUGGCAAAAACCAUGUCACUUUCCCUGAAUUCCAGCAAAACGGUUCCGCUAAACAAUUCACGCACGGUAAAAAAAAGUAUUAUAGAUUAGAUUACAUAGACGAGGUGCUGCAGGAGGACGACGACCGGGAGCCGCGACGCGACGGCGACGACGGCGGUAUUACAUUCACUGCCAAGUCCCUACCUGGAUAUAAAGAAGUGAGCCCGACGUCCUCGCAUAAAGAGAACAGUAGCUCACUUAUUAACCAGCUGGCUAACCUACCCGGGUUUAACCCGCUGAAAGCGAGGAUAGUCAAGCAAUACGCUAAAACGCCUGAGGAGAUAUUGCCUACAGCAGUUGAGAAAUCCUUACCGUGGAGAAGGGAUCGAUCCACGUACAACUUCGUACCAAACGAGGAUAUUCUAGAAGAAGACGAAAGAAGAAUGUCAGAUGAUAAUGAUACGUAUAUGAUAGUAGCGGAUCAAGCACGUGUGGCAACCCCCACGGCAACGGAAACCAUGUUGCCGUGGAAACGAGAGGAAGGAGAGGGUUAUUCUGGCGCUUUAAAACAGUCUGAAUUUCCUUCUUGGGCAUCAAACAAAGAGUACUUGGCAUAUAGCUCACCUUCAGCAACAUUCUUAGGUGGUAUAGAGAAGCCAAAACAUCCAAAAUCUAUCAUAGGUUUAUUCCGAAGAGAGAGCUCAAGUUCAACCCAGGCUGGAAACGCAGUAGCAUCGGACUCUGAAGGAAAUAAGCCGGAGUGUUCAAAGGGAGAGAGCUUUUCUUGUAAAGACCCGUUUAACCAGCCAAGACAAGGUCCUAGUAUGCUGUCGAAGAGGAGCACUAGCCUUGGAGGGCCUUCAGUACUUCUGAUGGAGGAUGUGGCACACUCUGAUCCACUAGGCGCGUCCACUCGACCUGCGAGCAUCAUGCAAGGGCCUCACCGGGGCCAGUGCCGGAGGGGAUCCAUGUUGGAAUUAACCGGGUCAAUGUCCCGCGACGCAAUCACAGAAGAAAAGUGUAGCAAAUCAUUACCCGAGAGUGAACGUAUGGGCGUGCGGCGGCUUCCCCUAGGCCAACAAAGUCUGCCGCGGGAACCCUUCAUCCGGCAACUAACAAUGGCCUCGACCCUUCUAACUAGUUCGUCAGACUCCGACUCCUCUGACGAAGGCACCUGAGUGCGCCGCCGUGGUGACCACGAUCGGUUGCCACUGCUUAAAUACAAGACACUUGAAUGAGUGAAUGAAACUCUGAAACUCAUGACAUUUUACCUUAUCUGUGCUGUGAAUACGAGUAUGUGGUGUAAAAAGUAAGAUUUAUAGGACGCGCGCUAAAACCAAUGUAUAUUUUUAUGAAAGCGUUAUUGUAUAGGUACUUUAGGUAGAUAAAUGCUGUGUAUUUAAAUUAUAUUCUCUAUAGGUACUUUACAACGGCUUACAAUAAACAAAUGUUCAAUCCUACUGAAAACUUGACAAAAUACCUAUGUAAAUAAAUACCUCAUCAUACCUAUCAUGAUAUCUAGGUAAACUGUACCUAUUGCCUCAAAACUACAGGAUGUUUGUCAGACGACUCUACUUCCAUAAUCCUAUUUUUUACUAGAGCGUACGAAGAAUUGAUAAUUCACCGUCAUUACAUCCUCAUAAAUUUGAAAGAGAUGCCCCCCAUAUAUAUUUUCUAAGAAGUUUAGACAGAUUGUAGGAUAAUCCAGUCAUCCUAAUGCUUUAUUAGUACUUGCAACGGAUAGGUAUAAAUUAGUCUUUCAUGUUCUUCAAUAGCCUUUAGAGUCCUAGUUUAUUUUUAACAUAAACAAUGCUCGUAGGAGACUGGAGCUAACAAUGUUGCCGUCAUUCGUAAUCGACAAUGAGACAGAAUUUGGCCAUGAGGCCAUCUUAUGACAGAAUUUGUACAAUUUAUUGGCGUAUACAUCCAAUAUUAUUGUAUAUAUUAGGUAUAAGCAUUUAAUACUGUGAUUGUAAAUUGACAACUUCGCGCCAGUGCCGCCAGUUAAAAUACAUUUCUCCUCACACCCCAAAGGUAUCUAACUAUUAAGGUUACUGUAGGCUUUUGACUGUUUUUCUGUUUAGUGUAGGACAUUCUCCUGUUUGUAAUAUAAUUAUGCUUAAGACAGUGAACGGAAAUAAAACAUGGAAGCAUUCUGAACGCUCAAUUAUAGCCCAACGUAAACUACCCUAAGGUGGGCGGGGGUUACAAACUACUCGAUUGGCAACUUCAGUUCCACCGAUAUGACAGUCAGUGAUAGAUGGCUAAAUCGGUUUAUAAAAACAACGUUUUUUUAUAAUUAAAAAUGUCUUCAUGUGUCAUGAGGUGGUGUAAAAUUUAUCCUGAACAUUCCAAGGACAGUAGGAUCACUUUUCACGUGUAAGUAAACAGAUAACUUCAGUACAAUUUGGAAUAAAUAUGACGAAAUUUUUUCAAUACUUACUGUGCUAAUUUAAAACGUAACUGCAUACGACUUUCAUAACAACAUACAUCUUUUUAGAUUACGAUGAUAAUAAGGAUGAUGUUAUGCCAAAUGAAGUAGAUAAUUUUAUUAAAUUUGUAUGAUUUAGAUAUUUUCUAUAUUAUAAUAAAUUCCUUAUUACAGAUUUGUAUUUUCCUUGGAUAUCUUUCAUGGGAUGGAGCUAUAAGUUACCUAGUUAUUUGUAUCUACUAUUCACAGUGAGCAUUGGAAAAAAGCUGUUCAAUUAGAGAUACAUGAAAUUGAUUGUAUGACUGGCAAGAGAUUUAGAAUAUGUUUUAUUGAUUUCAAAGAUGAAGAUUUCAACUUGUCAAAAAAAGGGUUCACACAGCUUAAUAAAACCGCUGUUCGUUCAAUGGUUUAUUACGGCUGCUCUGUGACAACCAAGCCGUGAGAUAACAAUACCCGGUCUCCUAUACGUAGUAUAUGUAGAUAUUUUUUUGUCCCUCUUUCAAUGAAUUUUGUCACUCAGUCUUUUCAAAUAUUUUUGACCCGAUUCGUGUACCCAUGUAAAUUUUGCUGGCUGUACCUGAAGUACCUGAACGUGACUACUCUCUGCCAUACAGAUUAAUAAUAAAAUUUAUCUAGCCAUAAAUAUACUUAUAAUAGCGGAAUAUGUUAACACAACAAUGAAUAUUUACUUAUAUUGGGUUAGUCUCUCAUUUCAUAAAAACAUUUUGACUAGUUAUCUUUAAAAAUUAUUAUACGUGGAUUAUUUGACUGGUUCUUCAAACUAUUAUGGCAUAAACUUAUCCCUGUCCACAUAAUAUUCUAAUCAAAAUAUGAACUGCGAACUCUCAGAUGCCAGUACGUACAGCAAGAAGGUGAUUAGCAGAUUAAUGUCGCUGAUUUCACCAAUCCCCUCCUCCAAUUGAGGGGGGAUUUAAAUCUUCUCGGGUCAGAGGUGUAGGGUUAGAGCCGGUGUAGCUUUAUUUGACUUUCAUAAGCGCAUUGUAAUAUGCCUACUUGAAUAAUAAACUAUCUUUAUCUCUUUGAUUGGUAGUUAUUGACAUUAUAUGCAUUUCAUCUAUACUUAUCUGUGUAGGUAUAUUAGUGUAAUAGAGAUGACUAUUAUUUCGUUUGUCAGUUUUGAUUACAGGCUCUGUAAACGUAUCGUCUUAUUUAAAUGUCGGCGUAAUUGUGUAUGUGUGCUAAUUGCCCCGAGAAUUUGAACGGUAAUGUUCUCAAAUGCGGAUUCCAUGUUUUAUUUCCGUUCCUUGUUAAGAUUUGAAAAAUACCUCUUUGUUUGAUAUUUAUGCAACAUAUGGUUUUUCCAAGUUCUGAUAAUAAGAACAUGUAUUGAAAUGUUAAGGAAUGAAGCGUAGAGAAAUAAUGAAUGGGGCCAAUAUUAACGGUACGGCUCUGUUAAAUUACCUUUUUAAAUGGUUCUUAUAAUGGAAAGAUCUGGACAAGUUUCGCGAGUGUUAUUAUAUUAAUAUAAUAAAGCAGAUAAAAUGGCAUUAUUAAUUUUUUUAUAGUAAAUACAAUUAAAUUAAUUUUAACAUAUUUUGUUUGUUCAUUGUUAAAUUUUGUUAUAUUUUUUGUACUCUUUAACAUUAUCAUUAUCAUUUUAAAGUUGAGAUACAAUUCUGAUGUAAAUACUAAGUUACAUCAAAGAGAAUUUGAAAUAGAGGUGGAUUGUCAAAGAAAACUUUGUAGCCACCGUAAAUUUACUGCCAUGUUUCGACACAUAAUUAAAACUUUUAGAACGCCAUUUGACUUUGAUCUUUAUUCUUUCAGUGAUAUAUGUUAAAUAUCAAAAAGUGGCGCCAUCUAAUAGAUCAAAGGCCAAAGGUAUGGCGGCAUCGUUUCGAGCGAUGGCGCCACGACCUUUAACAUAUGCCCGGUAAGAUGGCGCCACUUUUUGAUAAUUAACAAAUUUAACACAUAUCAGUAAAAAAAUAAGGAUCAAAGUCAAAUAGCGUUACAAAAGUUUAAAUUAUGUGUCUAAAAGUGGCAGUAAAUUUACUGUGGCUACAAAAUUUUCUUUGAAAAUCCCCCUCUAUUUCAAAUUCUCUUUGGUUAUAGCGAGCACGUAUUGUUUUACUGUUGCAUAGUAAGUAAUUAUGUUAUCAUUAAAUUAUUCCAAAGUUUGAAUACUUGGACAGUAUUAACCAAAAAAAAAUAAAACUUAAUCAAAUUCUGUAUAGAUAAAUAAUUUCUUGUAAGUAUGCUCGAAGUGUUAUAUUGUUAUUUAGAUGCUUAACUGUUUCUUAUAAAAUUAACCCUAUCUAACAUAAUUUUGUAGCCCAGUUAGUGGGUUAACUUUUAUAGCAUUGUCAGUUUUUUUUUUAAGUUUAGA